GAGGAGUGACUACUGAUGCUCCAGUAAUCUGCACUGUGUUAGUCAGUGCUGUGGAAAGCAAAGCAGAAACAGAAGCAGCUGCCGUGUGAGAUACACUUUGCUUGCACGAGCGUCAACAACUCAGAGGAGCAAGAUGGGAAAACUAAGCAGCUAAGCAAGAGGAGGAAAAGAGACUCCCACACAGAAAGCAAGACAGGAAACAGCCUUGCUAAUUUACAGAUAAGACUGUUUAUAGAUCACAAAGUUGCUUGUUUGUUUAAAGCAGCAGCUAUCAUAACUUAUUAAAUAAAAAGAGGAAGUUCACUAUUAAAUCUUAGAGGUGGCAUCGUCAUCCAGCAGAGAUGUCCUGGUUGUCACCGGUCCAGUGGGCCAAAUGGACGUGGUCAGCAGUCACUGGAGGUGCAGGAGAAGACGGACACAUGGCAACAAAUGAGGACAGAGAGGACAACUCAGACUCAGAGGGGACCUUCGAGACUCCAGAGGCUGAGUCUCCAGGUGUUGUGAAGCUGAUGGGUCAAUUGGACAACUCCAACCAGACAGUUUCUCCUGAAGUUUCAAACAUGAUUCUGGACAGGAACUCCAACCAAAAUGUAGCCACAGCUGCAUCCCAUGAGGUUGACUCCCUUAACAACCUUACUGGUUCAUCAUCUAACAAUAGCAGCUUCAGUUUGGAUCAGAAUCUCAAUUUCACCCUCAGCAUCAAACCCGAUCCAAGAGAGGACCUCUCCACAUGCAGUCCCCUGCCCCAAACUCAAGCUCUACGGCCCCCAUCCUUGCCUGUUGUCUCUCCUCUGAACAAACCUGAUCCUACAGAGGUGGAUGAUGAGGCCCCGAUGAUGUCUGACUCCAGCCCUGACUUAAACUUGACCGUCAGCCCUGACAUUUGCUUGGAUCAUGAUUUACUUAAUGGCAACGUGAGCUCAGAAAGAAAAAUGGCCCAUGAGACCAACAAUUCAAUAAUCACGAACUCCUGUAAAGUAAAGCAAAACCAGCAGAUGCAGAAGGACUUAGGUGGGCAGGAUGAGCAUCAUGGAGGCCACGCUACAGAUGAGGAGAAGCUGGCAAGCGGUGCCGGCAUUAAACCAGAAAAGGACCUAAAGAUCCAAGACUGCCAUGUGACAUCCAAACCUGUGGAGACGGACUGCUGCUCUGUGCAGUAUGAAGACACGUGCAAAGUGAAGAGUUCAUCAGGGGGAAGUGAGAUGCAGAAAACGGGAAGUCAGGUCCUGGAUUCCAUCUGCAUCAGUGAGGCAGAAAAACAGGCAGUUCUCACCCUUAUCAGAGAGGAGAUCAUCACUAAGGAGGUUGAAGUCAAUGACUGGAAGACAAAGUAUGAGCAGUGCAAACAAGAAGUCGAUGAGAUGAGAAAGAUUGUUGCAGAAUAUGAGAAGACAGUUGCUCAGAUGAUUGAGGAUGAGCAGCGCAACACUCUGAGCUCCCAGAAAGCUUUGCAUGCAGUGACGAUGGAGAAGGACGCUGCUCUGGCAGAUCUGAACUCCGUGGAGCGCUCUCUCUCUGACAUGUUUCGUCGGUAUGAAAACAUGAAGAGCACCCUUGAGGGCUUUAAGAAAAAUGAAGAGGUGCUGAAGAAAUGUGCUCAGGAUUAUCUGGCCAGAGUCAAGCAGGAGGAACAAAGAUACCAGACACUAAAACUACAUGCAGAGGAGAAACUAGACAAGGCCAAUGAGGAGAUUGCUCAGGUGCGUGUAAAGGCAGACUCUGAGAACAUGGCGCUCACCGCCACAUUGAGGAAGGAGCAGAUGAAGAAUGAGUCCCUGGAACAAGCCCUGCAGCAGAAGAAUCAAGAGAUCGAGGAACUCACAAAGAUCUGUGAUGAGCUGAUAGCCAAAAUGGGAAAAACAGACUGAGUUACUUCAUGGGAAUCAGGCUUCAUCAUCCUUCCAGCCCUGCAGUGACGCCCUGUGCAUGCCCCCCAACCAGAAGCAGCUCAUGUACUGUACCUCGUGCUGCCCUGCUUCUCAGAGCAUGCUUGUACAGACGUCUGAAAUAACCUUCUGUAUUUUGCAAUUGCACUAUGUGUGACCAGAGACUCAAAGGCUCUGUACAUGCUGAUUACAUGUGAUCACUUUAUUUUGUUUGCAUUUUGUGCCUGUCAUGAGGCCAUUUGGAGCCCUUGAAAUUUUGCCCAUCAGGUCAGUGAACAGCAGCCCCCUUGUGACUCAAUAUAAAUUCCCAGCAGCUUAACAGCUAAAUUCUCAACAACUCCGCCUGCAGGAUGACAUCAGAUUUAAUUCUGAUCAGGGUUUGUUUUGAAGUAGCAUUUGGUCUUGUGCUUUGAUGGGCUUUUGAUGAGGAUUAUUUUAUUUGAAAGCAAAAAUAGAUUAAAUAUAUUUUUAUAUGCAGUUCACACUAAUUUUUAUCCUGACAGACCUAAGCUCGGAGGUAUUGCUUGGAGCAAAAUGAAGUCAAGGUUAAAGGCAAACAGCACAAGAAGAGGAGGGAGGAAAGGAUUGUUUGAGGACAAGUUGUAUUGUCGUUCUCAUAGUUUAUGGAUUCGCACUAAAGCCAAGCUGGAAAAGACAUACUGCAUUUGCUUAAUCUGGUUUACAGUACGAGAUGUUUCAGUUUCUAGACGUUUAAGUAGCUCCAAAACGCACAGAGAUGCAUAUAAAUCUGACAAUCGUAGACCUUCCUGUGACUGUACACCACUGCUGGUGAAAUAUCUUGUUAAAAAUCCUGAACUGGAAAAGAAAACAAAGUUACUAUAUUUUGAGAACAUUUACGAUAUAUGAUUUGCAAGUGCUGCUACGUUUGUUUGUUUUUUUUUUACUGUCACUGUCACUGAAAGAUCACAUUUACCUGCUAUCGUGAAGGAACUUAUUUUUGUCUGUUUACUCAUAUGAUGAUGAAAUGAGCCCCUAUUCUUGUAUUUAGAGUGAUGCACUAGCCAUUCCACAAAUAAAGAUGUUUCUUUGCAUGUUCAUUUCCACUAUUUUGCAUCUCUCACAGAUGGUUUUGUUAACACACCACUAAACACAGGUUGUGUUUGGCACAGUGUUGUAAUGAUUAGUUGGCUGUUAGUGUCAGUGAAUAUCACAAAAAAAGAAGAAAAAAAGCAGGAUAAGGGGUUGUCCCAAUGUAAUACCUAUAUUGUUCUUACAUGUUUUCUACAAAAAUGCUCUUAAAUUUAAAAAAAAUAAGCCAAACAACUCUAAUGCAUCAACAUGGAUUUACAUGAACUCCUCUUUGCCUCAAUAUAACAUGUUUAUAAGAAUUGCAAGUCUGUCUUUUAAAUCAUCAGAAGUAUAAUCCAACUGAAGAUGGAAAUGUACAUUUAUCUAUUCUUUCUGGUACCAUAAAGUUUUUGAUCUCACUUUUGUAGUCUGCCAUCUUUGUUGUUUGGGGUUAAAUGUCUGAUAACGAUGAAAUUGUCUCACAACAUAAGUCCACUGAUGAGUCAUUGUGUACUUGUGCCACUGAUCUCUCGUUACCUGUUGUUUCUCAGCUACUUUGUUCUAUGAAAUAUAGUUUUGUAACCCAAGUUGCUUUCUUUGAUGAAUUUGUUUGUUUUUGCGGUUAAGAAAUGGCAAUCUCACACCUGUUUUGAAGUAGUGUGAAUUUGUGUAUGUAUGCCUGAAUAAACAUUAAUAUACUCUA